GCAGCCGGGGAGAGAGGGGAGGGGGUGGAUUCUGUGCAUCUGAGCGACAGCCGGCCUCUCACCAUCCUCCCCGCGCCCCCUCCACCCCCGCUUGGGUCUCUCCAGGGAGGGAAGCCGCGGAGAUCCUGGAGUGGCAGGUGCAGCCAGCCCCCUCCCUCAGCACCAGCCUCCUCCGGCAUCCUCCACGGGACCCCGCGCAGCUCCUGGACCACCCUCGCCGCCACCGCCGCCUCUCCAGCCCUGAGCUCAUCCAGCAGCAUCCGCGCGGGGAUCUCACAAGGCGAAACUGAAACCCAGGUUGUUGAAGCUGCAGUUUACAUUCACACCACAGUGGCUUUGAGUUGACAUGGACCAUCUCUGAAACUGACUACCUGUCUGCUAAAGUCUAUGCUGUCAGACUUCAUUACGGGAGCUAACUGAACUCUGUGGUUUUCGUUGGCCUUUCUUUCCAUCCCUUGACAUCACAAUGAGCGGCAUCCUCUCGCACUUGGACCCCCGGCGGAUCCAGUGGGGUGCCACAUGGUAUGCCAUGCACUCUCGAAUCCUCCGCACCAAGCCAGUGGAAUCCAUGCUGGAGGGGACAGGCACCACCACAUCCCAUGGAACCAAACUGGCCCAAGUGCUCACUACCCUGGAUCUGGUUUCACUGGGUGUUGGAAGUUGUGUUGGCACCGGGAUGUAUGUGGUCUCUGGCCUGGUUGCUAAGGAGAUGGCCGGGCCGGGCGUCAUCGUUUCCUUCAUCAUUGCAGCCGUAGCCUCCAUUUUGUCUGGGGUUUGCUAUGCCGAGUUUGGUGUGCGAGUUCCAAAAACCACUGGCUCCGCCUACACUUACAGCUAUGUCACGGUGGGAGAGUUUGUGGCCUUUUUCAUCGGAUGGAACCUAAUCCUGGAGUAUCUGAUCGGCACAGCAGCAGGCGCCAGUGCCCUAAGCAGCAUGUUCGACUCCCUGGCCAAUCACACCAUCAGUCGCUGGAUGAUUGACACCGUUGGGACUUUGAAUGGGCUGGGUAAAGGGGAAGAAUCUUACCCAGAUUUGCUGGCUUUGCUCAUUGCUGUCAUUGUAACGAUCAUUGUCGCUUUGGGAGUGAAGAACUCUGUGGGAUUUAACAACGUCCUCAACGUGAUUAACUUGGUGGUGUGGCUCUUCAUCAUGAUUGCUGGACUCUUCUAUGUCAAUGGAGAAUAUUGGGCCGAAGGGCAGUUCCUGCCAUUUGGAUGGUCGGGGGUGCUACAAGGUGCAGCCACCUGCUUCUACGCCUUUAUCGGAUUUGACAUCAUUGCCACCACUGGAGAAGAAGCCAAGAGUCCCAACACUUCCAUCCCUUAUGCCAUCACUGCUUCACUUGUCACGUGCCUGACCGCAUAUGUGUCCGUGAGCAUAAUCUUGACUCUGAUGGUGCCAUACACCGACAUUGAUACCGAAUCGCCCCUGAUGGAGAUGUUUGCAGCCCACCGAUUCUACACUGCCAAGUUCAUUGUUGCCAUCGGGUCUGUGGCUGGGUUGACGGUGAGCUUGCUGGGCUCCCUCUUCCCUAUGCCUCGGAUCAUUUAUGCUAUGGCUGGCGAUGGGCUUCUCUUCAGGUUCUUGUCCCAUGUAAAUUCUUACACGGAGACUCCCGUAGUCGCCUGCAUUGUCUCGGGGUUUCUCGCAGCCCUGCUCUCCUUGCUGGUAAGCCUGAGGGACCUAAUAGAGAUGAUGUCCAUCGGCACGUUGCUUGCCUACACUUUGGUCUCCGUGUGCGUCCUGCUUCUUCGGUACCAACCAGAAAGCGACAUUGACGGCUUCGUCAAGUUCCUUUCUGAAGAGCACACUAAGAAGAAGGAAGGGAUCAUAGCAGACUGCGAGAAGGAAGUCUGCUCUCCGGUCAGCGAAGGGGAGGAGUUUGCAGGCCCGCCCACCAACACUUGUGGCGCUAAGAACCUGCCUUCCUUGGGCGACAACGAGAUGCUCAUUGGGAAAUCGGACAAAUCCGCUUACAACGUCAACCACCCCAACUAUGGCACGGUCGACAUGACUUCUGGAAUAGAGGCAGAUGAGUCUGAGAACAUCUACCUCAUCAAGCUAAAGAAACUCAUAGGACCACGAUACUACACGAUGAGGAUCCACCUGGGACUUCCCGGGAAAAUGGAUCGACCCACUGCGGCUACUGGCCAGACUGUCACCACUUGUGUGCUCUUGCUGUUUGUCCUAAUGUUCAUCUUCUGCUCUUUCAUCAUUUUUGGGGUGGACUACCUCUAUGACCAAAGUUGGUGGGCAAUUCUUCUGGUGGUCCUGAUGGUCCUGCUGAUCAUUGUGUUGGUGUUCGUCAUCCUCCAGCAGCCAGAAAACCCCAAAAAGCUCCCUUAUAUGGCUCCUUGCCUGCCUUUUGUCCCAGCCUUCGCUAUGCUUGUGAACAUCUAUCUCAUGCUGAAACUUUCAAGGAUCACCUGGAUCCGGUUUGCUGUCUGGUGUUUUGUGGGGUUGCUGAUUUAUUUUGGCUAUGGCAUAUGGAACAGCACACUGGAGAUCACCGCUCGGGAAGAGGCGCUGCAUCAGAGCACAUACCAGCGCUACGAUGUUGAUGUCGACCCCUUCUCCGUCGACGAUGGCUUGGCCUACGCCGAGAACGACAACUACCAGGACUGGGAUCCUGCCGAUGACAAAGGUUUCUCUUACCAGCAUAUGUCGGAAGCAAAGGAAAACAGUCGGACAAGUAGCAAAUCAAAGAGCAAAGGCAAACACAAACAGAACUCAGAUGCACUGAUUUCAAAUGACGAGUUAAACUACUCGCCCGAGUAGAUGAAACGGAAACACGACAGUUCCACUCUUUGUCACUAAGCUAAACCUUGGGCUAAAAUUCAGUGGCUUCUUUCGGCUCUCAUUUCAAACCCAUCUUUUCCCGUAAGGUUUCUGUUUCCAGAAGUCAUAUCACUCACUCACUCACUCACUCACUCAGACACCUUUCUGUUCUUCAGGAUGGUUCUGCCAAGUGCUCAUCCUGAAUCAACAGAAGAUCACAUCAAGGAAAACAUCAUGUCUCUGAUCUCACCACCACCAUUCACAGGCCUCUUUCACUGAAUGUUGCUUCCGAUAGGCUAGUUGAGCCUGUUGAGGUUUUUUCUGGGCCUAGGAAACCCAUUGCAUAAGACACUUCCUGCUGCAGCGAUAGUAUGGUUUCAAUGGAACCCACACUCAGUGAAGUGGGUAUCUGAUAAGGAAAUGCAGUAAGAUUGGCAGGGGACAUGUCUAUGACCUCUUUGCUUUCCAGUGGAGAAGGAUGGGAAACACGUUACCCUCUGGAUGUUGUUGGAAUUCCAUUAUCCAUGACCGUUGGCCACGUGGACUGGGGUUGAGAAGGAAGCUGAGUCCUAUAAUAUCUGAAGGGCCACAGGUUCCCCAUCCCUGCCAAAGAAAAUACUCAGUUGCAGUCAUACUAAGGACCGUUAGGUUAUUUGGCAAAGAGCAAGUCAGUUGUUCAUUUUGUGAAUGCAAACAUUGACUAGAUGGGUAGGUUUAUUCAGGCAGGAGCCAUAAUUUUUCCCCUGAGGAUAUUCCAGAGGUAAAAAGAACUCCAGUGAUCAGGCUGUGCAGACCAGCACCCCCAUUUUCACCUAUAUAAAACUACUUCACCUUUUCACUUAGCAAAAUAUUCUUGCACUUUGGCACACUUGUGCUUCACUUUCCGUGUCACCUUCUCCAUUCAUUUUGUCUCAGUUGUUUCCUGGUGAACUAUGGUAUGACACAACCACAAUUUAAUAUAUUGACCAGUUGGAAUUUGCAUCUUGGUGAGUUCGUUUUGGAUAUUUUGUUUGAUCCAUUUAGCCAUUUUAUCUAGUAAGAAUGGAGACUUUGGUUGUCAGAUUUUUGUGAUUUGGUUUAUCUGAACCGGAAUAAUUUAGCAGGCAGGACCCAUACAGUGACAGUGUGGUCCAAUUUGAUUUCAGUACCAUGACCCUAAAAGCUGAUAUUCAUGACUAGAGAAUCAUGUGGCACAAGCAAGAAUGGUACCAUGCGAUUCUGCUGAACAUGUAGUUCAACACUAACUUCAAACAUCUGCAUUAGGAAUAGAUGGGAGGCUAAACCUAGAAUGUGACUAAAAUCCUAAUGUUAUAUCCAUGGGCUACUUCAAAUGGACUGAAACACAGCUCAGACCAAUAUCAGGACUUCUUGGAUUUAGGUCAUCUAUAACCAUGGUACAAACAAAUCAAUACUCAUGUAAGAUCACUCCACUCCACUCAGUAUCUAACUCUGAAUAUUGCAGAAUGGUUGCUUUGGAGCUCCCAACUUUUCCUAUUUGAUACACUAAAAGCUGAUUCCUGCUUUAUGUGCAGUACCAACCAUGGGUUCCCAAGGCAGCAUCAGUUCCCAAUGAGGCAACAGCCCAAUUCUCACUUACCUUUAAAACCCAAUUAAAUAAAUAAAUCUAUUGUGAGAAAUUAAAAUUUAAACAUUACAUUAUUUGAUACUACAACAAAAACAGACUUCUGUCCCAUUUAUUAUGUCCACAGUUAUUAUUCCAAUAAACAAUACAACUUAACUACUUGUCUGCUAUAUUGAUGAUCUGUUUUGUCCCAAAUCUUUGAUACCUUCCAUCAUUUUUUCCAUUAUAGCUAGGUCCAAACAUUUUAACGCCAAUUCCCAAAUGGAGGGAGACUGGGCAUUUUUUCCCAAUAUCAAGCCUAUAUUAUUUUAGCAUCAAUCAAUGAUUUUUAGAUCUCAGGAAUACCAAGCCGAGUUACAUUGAAAAGGACCAAUGAAGGGUUUAUGCCCCAGUUUGCAAUAUUAUGCCCCCAAAAUGUCUCCAAUAACUUUUGACAUGUUGACAUUCCUGCCACAUAUAAAGGAGACUUGUUGUAUUUCCAACAUUUAAAUCUAGCUGUUGAGAAUAUCGAGCUUGAGUAAAGUACCAAUGGUGUUUACGUUGGUGUUGCAUCUUCUUCACUAACUUUAUUGAGUGACAAAUAUUUCCAUUUCCAUUUCCCUUCAGAGAUAAAGUUCCCCUGAUUUCUGUCCUGGUAAACCAUGAAUUUGUGCCUCCUUUAACAUGGCAUAAAAAAACAUUGCAACGAUCCUUCUAAGUUCCCAUGAGUUAAUAAGUUUUUCUCCAUUUGUGAGUUUUCUUAAUUUGUAUGGUGAGUGAGACCCAUUAAUACAACAGGGCUUAUUUCCAAACAAUCUUGCACAGGAUGUGGCUUCGGAUGUCACAUCCUACACAGCAAACAAGAACUUCACGUUUCCUUUUAUGCAGUCCUACAGAUCUCUGCUUCAUAUACCAAGCUCUGCAGCCUAUGUGCAAAGAAGUCAUUGGAACUGGGAUCCAUCAAACAUCCACAGCUUAUCAGAUAUUCACUGGCCCUUCUUUACUUUUUCAUCUGGCCAUUUGAGAUUGAGCUCAUGGGAUGCACCUGUACGGAACUAUUUGUCCAUUUGCUUGCUUGUCACUGUUAUUACCCAUAUCCCCUAAGUGAGGAGCCUUGUUCAUUGUUGUAGUUUGGACCAUCAUGGUCAUCUCAACCACAGGGUGAGGAACCUGUGGUCCUCCAGAUGUUGUUGGACUCUGGUUCCCAUUGGGCAAUUGCCAAGGGUAAUGGGUGCCGCUUACUCUGUUAUUUAUCUAAUUUAGGAAUUGCUUUCAACGUGAGUCUUGAGGUGAUUGCCACAAAACAAACAACAACAACUAAAGCCGACAGAAUAAGCGCCUAUGCUGAAAUCCAGCAACCACUGGCUACCCACACCUGCCCGAAGAAAUAAAAACUCCAAGCCAGUCAAAUAUGCUUUGGCAACUUUAAAUGCUGACUGCAUACCUCUAGGAUGAAACUCAGGGUCUUUCAAUCCCUUUUCUAAAGGAAAGCUUAAUAAUAUUGCAAGGUACAAAAAUAGAGAACUUCUUGGAUUCGAUCCCUAGUACAAACAGCACUGCCCCUCUCCGUAAACAAUCAUAAUAUAUUUAUUUAUAACAGCACUCGCAGCCAAGUGUGCACAGAGUUCUGUACAAAUACUACAUAGGUAGGAUUCUAAAAUGGUCUGGAGCCACAUGGAGUGCUCAGUGGUGGCCACGGGGUCAAGAAGAGGAGAGGUGGUGGCCCUUGGCUGAGGCUCAUAUAAAGCAAAAACCACGAGAAAGAAUUCUCAAAAUAAACAUUUCCUAAGGAAUAAGGAAGGGCUUUGGGAUUUGUGCCAUUUACUGUAUUCUUCUGCCAAGCUUUUCCCUGGUUGCAGCAGCCUACUACUGAGCUGUUGUCCGUUCCCAAAGGAUCCUACUCUUUUAGCUCAGAGAAUGAAACCUGGGAG